ACUUUUACAUUUAACCGCGCAUAGUGUUUUAUUGUUUUUUUUUAUUAAAUGUUUGUCAUUCACUGAAAAUUCCAUUGAAAUUAAAAGUGUGGUAAUGAACUGAAAUAAUGGACCUCAAAUGCAGAUAUGGGUACAUGUAAAAAGUCACAUAAUGUCGGAUCUGAAUGUACCAGAAACAGGAAGCAGCAGUGCUCCAGACCAGGGGAAUAUUUUAAAGUCUGCUGGAAAAACACAAGAAAAUGUUGAUGAUUUUGCAUCCAAAGCAGAAAGUGCUAUUAAUUAUAACUGUGAUGAUGAUGACGAUGAUAAGGAUGUUAUUGUUGCCAAAAUACAGAAAGGUUGUGAGUACAAAACAAUCGAGCCGACCAAUAAAGAAUCAAGUUCGUGUUUGGAUCGCCAAUUAGAUAAAAUGCACAUUAACUCGAAAGAUUCAAUCAAGGGACUUAACACAGGGAUUGGCGAUCAGUCUAAACGUCAAUAUCUUAAGUCUGUUGGAACCAAACCAAAAAUUCACAGUGGUGGGGCCAAGGCGAACCAAAACAUUAAAGCUGAUAAUGAUAAAAACGUUGAAAUUUUGGAAUGUAAAAACCUUAACAAAAGCAAGGAAAGUAGAAUUGUGCAAACUGUAAUGGCGCAAAGUUCUACGUCCGGAAAUGAUUCGCCAUAUUCAGUUCGUGACAGUCCACAAAAGAGUAUUGAUACAAUACCUGUUAGGAUGGGUUGCUUACAGAAAAAUCUACCUAUCCUACUAAAAUCGCAGUCGCUGGACUUAUACAAUGAUGAUUGUGGUUCAUUUACUGUUGAUCAACAAUUCCGUAAUCGUCUUCUUCCAAAUAUUGAGGAAUGCCGGCCAUUUGAGAGCGAAAUUCAAUCAUCAAGCACACCUAGCACCGAGGAAACGCAACAAUGUCAAGUCGAUAAUUUGGACAAAUCUACAGGAGAGACACGUCAGCGUCCAAUACACCGGCCAAAUAUUGCAGCAUCAAUAUGCCAACAACAAUCAACAGAAACACGUCCAAUUUAUCCGAACGUCCCAUAUAGCCCAUAUGGCAGUCCAUAUGGUAGUCCUCGGUCAGUUCGACGUCGGCCUCCCUUACGUGAAUCACGUCGAAUAUCUAUUGAGAAGUCAGGGAGUUUUCUUCAGCUAAAUCAAUAUAAACUUAUGGAUCAAAUUGGACAGGGUUCAUAUGGACUUGUAAAAUUAGCUUAUUCUGAAGAAGAUUCUACACAUUAUGCUAUGAAGAUUCUGUCUAAGAAGCGUUUACUACGACAAGCUGCUUUCAUGCGUCGGGGUCCAAAACAAACCACAUCUCCACUGGAUCGUGUCUACAGAGAAAUUGCAGUUUUAAAAAAACUUGAUCAUCCUAAUGUUGUGAAAUUAGUGGAAGUACUAGACGAUCCAUUGGAAGACUCGCUGUAUAUGGUUUUUGAGUGGGUUAAAAAAGGAGAAGUUCUCUCUAUACCCACCGAUAAACCAUUACCAGAGGAUCGUGCGUGGAGUGUGUUCAGAGACUGCCUUUUAGGAUUAGAAUAUUUGCACUAUCAAAAGAUUAUCCAUGCGGACUUAAAACCUGGAAAUUUGCUACUGACAGAGUGUGGGCAUGUCAAAAUUGCUGAUCUGGGAGUUUGCAAUGAGUUUCUUGGAGAAGAUGCUAUAAUGAGCAAUGGCUCAACAGGAGGUACACCAGCUUUUCGAGCACCUGAGACACUUGUUUUGGGAAAGAAUGUGUACUGUGGCCGUGCAGCAGAUGUUUGGGCUCUGGGAGCAACCUUGUACUCUUUGGUAUAUGGAAAUGUACCGUUCUUAGCUACAUCGAUACCCAUACUGUAUGAGAAAAUAAAAAACGAUGCAGUGGUGCUUCCAGAUACACCAAUAAUAAGUGGAGAAAUAAAACACUGCAUUCUUCGAAUGCUUGAAAAGGAUCCAACAUAUAGAAUAAAUUUGCCACAAUUAAAGGUAAACCCGUGGGUUACCAAAAACGGCGCUUAUCCCUUGCCAACUGAAGAUGAAAACUGUUGCUUGGUACAAGUAGACGACGAAGAUAUAAACUCGGUUGUCCGCAGCAUUCCAAAGCUUGAUACUCUUAUAUUGAUUAAAACGAUGCUAAAAAAUCAUUCCUUUGGGAAUCCUUUCAUGAAGAAUAUAUCCGGAAGGGCAUCUCAACCGGGCGGUUCCAGGUUGGAAAAAUUCGCACAAUCAGGUAGAUCGAAUUCCGCACCAGGCUCUUAUCAUAUGGCAUUAGAAAGAGAGCCAUCUAUGGACAGUGUACUUCCAGCGCUGUCUGAACAUUGCUCUAGCAAACAAAAUGAAGAAAUGUAAUGAAUUAAACAAAAAGCACACAAUAAAUAGCGAAUACAUGAUAUAAGUAUAUAAGUAUACAAGGGACCGAAAAACCGAUAAUGAAAUCAAUUCUAAUCUAUAAAUAUAAAUGAAUAGCUAAAAAAAACAGCAUUCAUCACUAUUUAUAAGCAAUACAUGUUUUCAAUUUAUAUUAUAAAAGUUAAAUAAUCCUAUAUUGUAUAUUACA